AUGUCGGUGAAGAGACGACGAUUGACGAGUGCUGAUGCACAACACACUUCCAAUCUAACAGCAGGUGCGCUGACGCAGCCUGCCACCAGCGAGGUGAAUAAGCAAUCCCAUGAAUGUGAGACUCCUCCCGGCGCGGAGCCGUUGGAACCCAGCAAUCUUGUCUCCUCGGGCCAUGCUGAAAGUGCCUCGACUCCAUCGAACGAUCCACACACUGAUAUAGUGACGCUACCUUCGAUCUAUUCGUUCUCUCCCGUAAAUGUCGUCAAAGCUUCAGAUAGGCUGGCUCUUUCGUCCGAAUUGGUCGAUACAGGAGCUAGCCCAGGCUCAUGUAGCCGAACACAGGAAAACAGGGCCGUGUCCGACGUCCAGACCUGUUCCAAUGCUCCUGUCUCCGAUCGUGUCCUGGAGCAAUUAAUGGAAAUCUUCAAGGAAAGGAUGAUAGAGUAUAAUCCCGCCAUUUCCCUGCUUGAUCUCGACAAUUCUUCCGAGAUCCUUGCAAGACACCAAAACUUCGCAAUUUGUGUUGCGUAUGCUACGGCAAAGGCUGUUCCAGGAGGAGCAACUAUCAGAGCGCGCCUGUUGCCCACCAUUGUCAACCUCGUGCAAAGCUUCAUCACCGAACAUCUACCCGAGGACAGUGAACAAAGCCUUAAAAUACUACAAGGUUUACUACUCCUGUACGCUUACACAGAGAUACCGACGGCUGCACAAGGUCCGAAAUCGGGAACCGAAGUUAAGUCGGAACUCAUGUUUUGGUCUUUGAAGAGCUUGACAGAGUCAUAUGCUCAACGUCUGCGGUGUCACAAAUCUGUCGAAGGUGUCCGUGCAGCUCUCAAGGCUGGUCAUGCAGAUACGGCAAAGUUAAGAGUCUUCAAGAUGUAUUCUUGUUGGAUUUGGCUCUUCAUUAUGGCACACUACGUCUCUCUUGUCACGGCCACUCCACCCAGCAUACGGGCAGAUAGCUCGAUAUUCGCUGGUGGUAUUAUCCUCCGGCAAAGCGACCCAUCGAUUAGGGUUCAAAGUCUGGCAGCUGAACUCGAAAUUUGUCUUGUGUGGGAGAAGUUGAGGACACAAGGCUACGAUAUUGGCGAAUGGUGGUGUCUACCAGAUGAUUUCACCACACGAUCACCUCGCCACGAUAGUACUGCGGCGGAAGAGGCCUGCUUGCACCUCGAACAAUGCGCCGAACGAUUGCGUCCGAUCACCUCCAACGGUUUUACUGGGUCCAGAGUGGCCUUCCACAUCAGGUUUGCACAAUUCUGCAUUCAAUCAUACAAUAUUCGGAACCUCCGGUUGUCCGAAAUCACACCCUCACAGUCAGAAAAUGUCCACGCGGUAGGGAAAUGCCUAGAUGCUGCAAUCAGCCUGCUUGAUUGGAUUUUGGCUGUUGAUCUGAGCAAUAGGGAUAGUCUCCGAUUUGCCUCGGACAGCUCAUGGGUGAUGAUAGGGCUGUGUUGCCGCUUUGCUUUGGAGAGUUUACAAAGCUUGCACAAGCUCGGCCAGACCUUGGAUGACACAAAAGAGAUAUUGAAUAAGGUCAAAGAGGUCGCCGAGAUCAUGACAAGUUUGUCAUUUGGAUUUAGUCAUGGGAUGUCCACCUACGGGGAACACAUCAUGUCCUACGCCAACAAGGUAGAGGCGAAGUUUGGAAACUUACGCGCAGCUAAUGCCAUCCGUACUGAGAGAUCACCGGCAUCCACUCCCAGGACCACCAACCGCGAGGUUGACCGCGACCUUGGAAUCAACACGUUAUGGUUUCAGGACACCGAACCCGACGACCUUUACCUGUUCCCGGGUCUCUGGGAUAUGUCGCCAUGGCCUGGGGCCUUUCACCUGGACGAUAGUCAAUGA